CCCGCAUUUCAUCACACUUUUCUUUCUUAAAAUUUCACAACCAAAAUCUCCAACUCUUUCGUGGUUUAUUUCCUUCAUUGUCCACUUCUUUCAAACAAAGGGUUUCCCUUAAAAAACAUCGAUCGUCUCAUUCUUUGAUUCAUAACGUUGCAACCGGACAACAAAAUGGCUAACGACAGCAGACAUAACCGGAACCAGAUGAACGGACCCACUCCCGUCUCCGUCCAGGUCACGGACCGAGACCACGACCACGACCGCCGCAAUAACCUGCCGAACUUCCUCCUGUCCGUACGUCUAAAGUACGUGAAACUCGGAUACCAUUACCUAAUCUCCAACGCCAUGUACAUCCUCCUCCUCCCUUUACUCGCUGCCGCUUCUGCAAAUCUCUCCUCUCUCACCUUCCAUGACCUUCGCCUCCUAUGGGACCAUCUCCGUUUCCACUUCGUCUCCGCCACUCUCUGCACUGCCCUUCUCAUCUUCCUCGCCACCGUAUAUUUCACCACCCGUCCACGACGCGUCUUCCUCCUCGACUUCGCCUGUUACAAGCCCGACCCAUCACAGAAAUGCCCUCGCGAAAUCUUCAUGGACCGUUCCCGAAACGUUGGGAUCUUCACGGAGGACAACCUCGCCUUCCAACAGAAGAUUCUCGAGCGUUCCGGUCUCGGACAAGACACCUACUUUCCCGAGGCCUUGCUCCGUGUUCCUCCGAAUCCGUGUAUGGCGGAGGCGAGGAAAGAGGCGGAGACUGUGAUGUUCGGCGCCAUUGAUGAGCUCUUGGAGAAGACAGGAGUGAAACCUAAGGACAUUGGGAUACUUGUCGUGAACUGCAGCUUGUUCAAUCCGACUCCGUCUUUGUCGGCCAUGAUCGUCAACAAGUAUAAGCUCAGAGGAAAUAUCUUGAGCUAUAAUCUUGGUGGCAUGGGCUGCAGUGCUGGGCUCAUCUCCAUUGAUCUUGCCAAACAGCUUCUUCAGGUCCAGCCGAACUCAUACGCCCUGGUUGUAAGCAUGGAGAACAUAACACUGAACUGGUACUUCGGCAACGAAAGAUCAAUGCUCCUCUCUAACUGCAUCUUCCGGAUGGGCGGCGCCGCCAUCCUCCUCUCGAACCGCUCGUCCGACCGGCGGCGUUCCAAGUACCAACUCAUCCACACUGUCCGAACCCACAAGGGAGCCGACGACAAUGCCUACGGCUGCGUCUUCCAACGCGAAGACGACAACGGACAAAUCGGAGUUUCCCUCUCGAAGAACCUCAUGGCCAUAGCCGGAGAAGCCCUCAAGACGAACAUCACCACGCUCGGACCGCUCGUCCUCCCGAUGUCGGAACAGCUCCUGUUCUUCGUCACCCUGGUCGCGAGAAAGGCGUUGAAGAUGAAGAUAAAGCCGUACAUUCCAGAUUUCAAGCUGGCGUUCGAGCAUUUCUGCAUCCACGCGGGAGGGAGAGCGGUGUUGGAUGAGAUCGAGAAGAAUCUUGAACUGUCUGACUGGCACAUGGAGCCGUCGAGAAUGACGUUGAACAGGUUUGGGAACACGUCGAGUAGUUCAUUGUGGUACGAGUUGGCGUACAGCGAGGCGAAAGGGAGGAUCAAGAAAGGGGACAGGACAUGGCAGAUAGCGUUCGGGUCGGGGUUUAAGUGUAACAGUGCAGUCUGGAAGGCGUUGAGGACGGUGGAUCCGACCAAGGAGAAGAAUCCAUGGAUCGAUGAGAUUCAUCAGUUCCCGGUUCACGUCCCGAAGAUAACUCCCGUGUCUUAGGGUUUCUUCAUGACACGCAUUGCAACAACUUUUAUGUAUAUCUAUAUGUAAUAUUGUGUAUGGAUUUUAUAUGUUCGGUCAUUUGUUGUAGUUGGAAGAUUUUUUUUCUUUUUUGUCUCAGAAAGUAGACAUUCUAAUUUGGUUAUAAUUUAUUUGGUUUA